ACUCAAAGGUCGCCCCCUUACCAAAGAGCUCAUACACGACGAACCAUGGACGUAUUCUCCACAUCCCAGAUCUUCUAUGACAGCGCGUGCGCCUCGUCCCCAGAAGCUUUGGAGUUUGGACUCGGAGGUGAGCUUACUGGAUCCGAAGAAGACGAGCACAUUCGGGCCCCCGGUGCACCGCACCAGCCUGGCCACUGCUUGCAGUGGGCUUGCAAAGCGUGUAAGCGCAAGGCCAGCACCGUGGACCGCAGAAGAGCUGCCACCAUGCGGGAACGUCGCAGGCUGAAGAAGGUGAACCACGCUUUUGAGGCUCUACGCCGCUGCACCUCGGCCAACCCUAGCCAACGUCUUCCCAAGGUUGAGAUCCUGCGGAACGCCAUCCAGUACAUUGAAAGCCUCCAGGACCUGCUUAGGGAACAGGUGGAGAACUACUACAGCCUGCCUACGGAAAGCAGCUCUGAACCUUGCAGUCCCUCGUCCAGCUGUUCUGAGAGCAUGAUUGACUGCAACAGUCCUGUAUGGCCACAGAUGAAUCCAAACUUUGGAAACAAUUACAACUUUGAUGCACAACAUGUUGUUGCCGUUGACAGGACUCCCGCAGCAUCUAGUUUGCAAUGUUUGUCCAGUAUAGUAGACCGGCUGUCUUCGGUUGACGCAGGAGUCGCUGUGGGAAUGAGAAACAUGGUUGCUCUUUCUCCGACUGGUAGCGAUUCCCAAUCCAGUUCUCCAGACAGUCCUGACAACAGACCCGUCUACCACGUCCUGUGAAUGAGACACUCCAGCCGGUUUAGUUCGAGGACCACACAGUAACCUAUCCAGCUUAAUGAAUCCAAACUAUCCAUAAUGUUAUCAACACAUACAGACAGUAGAUCAUUUUUUACUAUGCUAUCAUGGCUGACAUUGAUUUUAUUUAUCAGUAGUAAUCGCUAUGUACUAGUAAAUGCUGUUUACUUUUUCUUUUUUAAGCAUACUUCGUAUUGUUUAUUACCUACCCUCUGUUGUAAAUAAGAUUGUAUAUAAUGAAUUUUAAUUGACUGUUAUUGUAUUCAUGUCAUGUCAUUUGUAUCAUAUUUAAUGCAUAAAAUGUCUUUGCAGUAAUAAAUCUCAAAA